GUCCAUAUAUAUACCGGGGUUUCAUUCUACAUUCUGCCACGACUGUGAAUUCUGGGAAUAUUUGUAAUUCUUCUCUUAUACUUAAACUUUGCACGUUGAUUAGCAUUACUCAAUAUUGGUAUUGUUUGCUAUUGGAGUCUCGUCGCGAGACUGUAAGAGGAGCUUCAGCUAAUAUGAACUAGAUUGUGCGAUUGUGCGAUUGAUCAAUCCAGUUACACUCAAAAAGCUGCCGUCAUAGCUUCUCAUCAACUUGUUACCACACCAUCCCGUCGCAAUGGCAGAUAUCGACCUCCCUCCACCUUCCCGCUCAGGUUUCUCCUCACUACCAAUCGAGCUUAUACGAUUUGUGAUCCUUUAUAUGGACUUGUCCUCUAUCAAGUCCGCCCGCUUGACUUGCCGAUUGCUCUGCUCCCUCAGUACACCUUACCUCAUCCUUCCCAAAUUCUACGGUUUCGCACAUCGUCCUGAUUUCAAUCGUCUCCUCCAACUUUGCCGGCAUCCGACCUUCGCACCAUGCAUCCGAUCUAUCGAACUCAACCUUGGCGAGAUCAAUGAAUAUCACGCAAGGCACAAUACAUACUUCUUACAAUAUACUCGCGAUCAAGAAACUCGUGUUGAAGCGGCCGAAGAAGCUUGGCUUCGAUAUUCUAGUCUCAAACCCUUGAGAGAGGAAUAUACCCCCUGGAUGUGUGAUCCAGAUAUAUUGUCUGAAGUCUUUCGUUCCCUGCCUAAUUUAUCUGCCCUGUCCAUAUCCAUGGCAACUUUUCCCCUACCUGAUGAACCGGAGCUUGCUCUACUAGCAUCAAUCUGGAAGAUUCCUUCUACGAGAUUGCUCCGUCGAGAAUUAACCAAGGAGCGUUUUACCAUCAUUCUCUUCUCACUGCUCCGUAAUAUUGGGGAUCUGAAAUUCAGAAACCUGUCUCAUGACUUCUUACCAUUCGAGUUUUUCGCGCAGAACAAGGCACUUUUCGUAUCUAUGGCACCAAUUUUUCACAAUCUUACAGAUCUACACUUAGUUCUAGAUUAUACCGAUAUGCCCAGUGACUUAGAUACCCUGCAAGCAUUUGCGAACAUUGCCACAUGUUUCAAGGCUGCUACGAAUUUGAAAAAUUUGGACCUAUGCAUUCAGUCCAAGCGGAAGACUGAUGUUACACCACUUCUUGAGCACCUCCUACCAAACUCUGAUGGAUCAAAAUCUACUUUUACCCAUCUUCAAAGACUCCAUAUAGAAGGUGGAGCAUGUAAAUUCGCUCCUCUUCAAAAAUUUCUUAUAUCAUUGGCACCUACUCUCCAAGUAUUAGAGAUUGGAGGGGAAGGACGCCGUUUCCCAAAUCAACUUUCUAAUGGGGGGGUACAUUUAUUGGAUGGGACUUUUCGAAAAUUGUUUAAUGAUGUGGAGGAAGCCCAUGGAAAGUCAUUGACGAAAUUUGUUGUUAGAGGAGAUUUGGCCGAGUUGGAGGCUGGUGGGCUUUGGUAUGUUAAUAGGGAAGUUGGAUGGCAUGGGGUUAUUGAUUGAGAUAAGAUUGAACGUUCGAUGGAAAGCUUGCUUACACCUUGAAUUCCGUAAUUCUUGACAUAUCUCGAUUAGCAACCACCCGAAAGCUUACGUACUUCACUCUUGCGUACCUUGAAGCAUUCUUUGGACGCGUCAAGAGAAAAGAGGAAAGGGCACACAAUAUCUCACGACCUAGCUUUCAACCAUACCAUACAUAUCUGUGGGUUUGGGUCAUUUUGCUACUUUUAUUUUCUAUCCAGGUGAGAAUCCUGAGGGUUUCAUACCGAUAGCUAAAAAGCAUUUCGCGUCAUUUUUGAUAUCAAAUACACAAACCAUAUGUAUACUACACUACAUACAAGGUACAAUUUGUCAUAUUGCGCUGCGCUGAUACGUAGCAAAAGGGCUAGCGAAAUGGAAGAGGGAUUCGCUGUUCGCUGGGCUGGGAGUUCGGG